AAUGGAGAAAGUAGUUAGCGUUCUUUAUAAAGGAGUUGUAAGCUGCUACGUCAUUUAUGAUUAUGUGUUCAGACAUUGAUGUAACAUUCUCCUGAUGACGUAAACGCUCUGAAUUAUGGAUGAAGAAUAGCCACUGGUUACAAGUUGUUUGCCCUGUCUGACAUGAUUUCCAUCUUGGAGCCCCAUGGAUGCGUGUGUAGAGGCGUCCACGGAGACCCAAAGACUGGGACCACCAUGAUGAUCGUCAUACUGAGAAGCUCACAACUUUACAGAAAGAUGGCAUUGUUGCCGAUCAGUAAUUAUCCGAAGCUAAUCACUAGCUGAAAAGUCGCUUCUACAUUCCAUAAACAAUCAGUCAUGGAGAACGCCACUCUCAACGCGUCCACAGAAGUUCCCACGUUACGGCCAAGCGCAGAUGACGUCACUUCCGCGCCUGUAGACGAGUCAGUGCAGCUGCUUACGACGACGACCAACCGGCUAUGGAGUGUGUUUCCUCCCGUGCUGCUGGCAGUCGGCACGUGUGGUAACGCGUUGUCCAUCGCCGUCCUCUCAGGCAGUAGCAUGCGGCGCUCCAUCGCCGCUCUCUACCUCAUCGUGCUGGCCGUCGUCGACACGAUGGUGCUGUACACAGGCCUCCUUCGCCAAUGGCUGCUUCACCUAAUUGAGGUGGACAUACGGCAGUUUAGUCCUGUCGCGUGCAAGUUUCACACGUGGAUAGUGUACGCCACGCUUGACAUUAGUGUCUGGAUCCUAGUGGCCUUCACCUGUGAACGCCUCAUUUCCGUUUGCCUUCCUCAUGACGUCAAGCGGCAUUGCAACGAGCAGACCUCAUGUGUCGUCCUGUCUGUCAUCGCAGUCGUCCUGAUGGCCAUCAACUCUCAUUUUAUCUAUGGUCUUGGUAUUGAGUACACUACGACGAUCGUCACUGUCUCCAAUGAACUGGAUCACAACAGACAGGUGACAGUCCCGCGCUGCGUCCCUUUAGGAAAGGAGUACGAACACUUCUACAACAUGGUGUGGCCCUGGAUAGACCUGUGCAUCUUCUCCCUCCUUCCUCUAUUGCUCAUCGUCGUGUGUAACUCGGUCAUCAUAAUCAAAAUAUUUGAAAGCCGUCGAAAGGCCCGGCGUAUCAUUCCGUCCGUAGCGUCCAGUACACAUCCUGGUGUCCAGGCAGAUGACACCAGAUCGCGGAAAGUGUCCUCCAUGACUGGAACACUAAUGACAUUGAACCUGGUGCUGCUGCUAACGACCAUGCCAAUCUGCGCCUAUCACAUCGUGGAGCCUUAUUAUGCAACCAUUUUUGACGAAUCCUCGGAGCAGUAUGAUCCAAAGGUCACAGCACAAUUCAAACUGGCGUGGGCCAUUGUCAACAUGCUCAUGUACAUCAACAACUCAAUCAACUUCCUUCUCUACUGUUUGUCUGGAACUCGCUUUCGCGAAGAAUUGUCAAACUUGAUUUUACGAAAACGAUACAGCCUACCGGUAACACCAACACAAACGUAUCAGAGUGCCAGAAUACAAGCUUAAGAAUACCUGGGUCUUUAAGACCUCUGCAAACCUUGAGACAAGAAAAGACACGUUUGGAGCGUCGGGCUGCUCCUUUCUGGCGGCAGUUGCUGAGAGAGCGGCGACCGUCCAUAGAAACGGUCGUACUACAUGGUGCGAGAGAACAGUGGUAGACGACAGCUACAACAACCACGGCUACAACAGCCACAGCUUCAGUUGGAUGCAGAGAAAAAAACGAUUGGACUAAAUCAAGAGAAGCAGAGACAGUGUCCCCAACAGCGCUUGAUGAUUUAACAGCCGGGACAUGGAAGUGCUCAAGAAAAAAUAGUGUUCUUGAUCCAGAGAAACAGGAUAGUUCUCAAGACCGAAAACACUAACACAUCCAAAGAAAAUGAAAUAUUUCUCAGCGUCCAGAGAACCUGGACACUCUUCUAGAUCCUCAGAAACAAGGUCCAGAGAAGGAAGGCACGAUGAAGACUGAGAAGAACUAAUAAUAAUAAACAGAAAAAAAGGUGAUACUUCUCAAGGGUCAAGAACUCAGAUAAACAGGAUAGCCUUAAGGCAAGAACACAUAAAGUCCUCUAGAACCUUGGACACUUUAGGACCUUCGGUAAAGCAAGAGAACUCUCAGUGACAUUAUGACAGGGUAUGCAAUUAAAAAAGGAAGAAAGCUAUAGACAAAAUUCCUACUUUGUAACAUGUGUUGCUCUUUUUUUGAGUUUUAUUAGAGACUUACCUAACCCCAAACCUUGCUAGCAUAUGCGCAUUUAUUGCUGUUCAUCGAUGACUGUUUACGUUUCCUUGUGAAGUUUGUGUGCACUUUUAUUCGAGAAAAAAAUACGAAUGCUGGAGAAUAUAUUUAAGUGUCAAUCAGCAAAAUGAAAUUGUUAACAGGA